AGAAAAAAAAAAAAAAAAAAAAAAAUGGUGAAGGCUGAAGCCCUAGGCUCCACGCUUAAUGCGCACGCAGUCCUCUACUCUUCUUCCUCUUGGCUCCUAGCCUCCUCCACUCUCCACCCACGACCAGCCGACCUUCACUCCUCCAUCGGUGGCACAGGCCAGCGGCCUCUCCCGGCCAGUAAACCUCUGACGGCCUGCCGGCUUCAUCUAUUUAUCACCUUCCGGAAUGAUAAUGCAGCAUCCCUCUCAUUUAAUUGCUUGAGCUGCCAGAAGGCACUUCUUCACUGAGUUGCCAAGGGUCCCAAAAAACAAUGGCGGGGGAGGAGAAAAAUCUGGUAGAAAUACUGGAAGAACAUUGUCCCAUAGACCUCUCAAAGUAUAUAAAUUUUGUCCAUGCCCCACAUUGUGGCGCAAUUGCAACUUUCUCUGGCACAACACGCGACACAUUUGAAGGCAAAACUGUCAUGGAGCUAAGGUACGAAGCUUAUGUGCCUAUGGCAAUACGCCGCAUGAAAUCCAUCUGCUCGUCUGCUCGAUCGUCAUGGAAUCUGAGCUCCAUUGCAGUUGCCCACCGCCUUGGCGCAGUUCCAGUAGGGGAAACAAGUGUAUUCAUAGCUAUCUCCUCUGUUCAUAGGGCUGAUGCACUGGAAGCAUGCAAGUUUGUGAUUGAUGAGGUUAAGGCAUCAGUUCCAAUAUGGAAAAAAGAGGUGUAUGCCAAUGGAGAGAUUUGGAAGGAAAAUUCAGAGUUCCUAGAAAGGAGAUUGGGGCUUGUAGAGGGUAGACGGGAUGAGGGUAAGGCAUCUUCUAUGAGAGAAUUUGAGGUGGAGGCGCAUAAUGGGAAGAGCUGCUGCGGAGCUAAGGUAAAGGUGGAUGAUGGCUCGGACAUUGCCACAUAGUGAACAGUAUUUGGAGAAUAUUCGUAUUCAACGGUUUAAAAGUUGUGUAUUUUGUGUAGAUCCUCCACAAUAAUUGUGUAAUUUAGUGACAGCUGCAAGGGAAAUAAGGCUUGUGCCAGCAGCUUCUUCGAAAUGCAAAUAAAAUUUAAUGCUUUACUUGUUGGCAA